UGUGUGUGUGUGUGUGUGUGUUAUUAGGGUUACACUGCUGACUCAGGAGGAUCAGUGUGCCUGUUACUAAUCUGCCCUUCCUCACUUUUCACUGUCUCCUCUUUCCUGCUUCCUUAUUUCCUUCCCUUUUUGCGUCCUUAUCCCUCGUGUAUUCCCCCCUUCUUUCUUCUCCUCCUUCCUCUCUCAUCCUCCCUCUUUCUUACCUCCUCCCUCGUCCACCUGAGCAGAGUCUUCCUCACACACACACACACACACACACACACACACACACACAAGUAGAAAGCACAUGUACUUAUGGCCUAACUAACUUUACUAAAUGAGAAGCCGCUCUGCAGGUGAGGGUGGAUCCAUUUCAUUGCAGGUGUCUAUGAGACACACACAGUAUCAUCCCUCCUCUAAUCCCUUUAUCCCCCGUCAGGGUGACAGAGGAGACUCUUCUGCCGGAUCCUCCAAACGCUCCUUCUCCUCUCUCCCAUCCCUCCAUUUUCUCCUCUUUUCUCUCUGCGCUCCAAAUUUUAAAGGAUUUAACGGAGACAGGUGUGUGUGUGUGUGUGUGUGUGUAGGGAUGGGAUACUCCUCUGUUUCCACGGCGAUGAGUUUGACGGGCGGUCGGUGGAUCUAGGCCACGUAACCGAGGGCGACAGAUUAUCAACUGACAGGAAGUCAGACGAAAGAAUACCUCCAUGGCCAAAGUAGCUCCAUCAGACCCAUCCCCCAUCUCCAGGUUGACGCCGCCCACCAUCGUUCUACAAGACAUGGAGGAGGAGUCAGGAGAAGAUGGGGAGGGCAACAGAGCCGCUCAAGGAGCCGGACCAGGAGUUCUGUUUAACGUCAAUAACAGUAACAAUAACGAUGACGAUGAAGAAAAGAAAAAAAAGAAGAAAAGUAAGAAAGAGAAAAAAGAGAAGAAAGAGAAAAAAGAGAAGAAGGAGAAGGAGAAGCAGGAGAAAAAGGAGAGGAAGGAGAAAAAACAGAAGGAGAAAGAAGAGAAGGAAAAGGAGAAAGAGAAAGAAAAGGAAAAGGAAAAAGAGAAGAAGGCCAAAGAGGAGGCUCCUAAGGAGAUCCAAGUGAUUGAUCCAGCAGGUAACACCUACUACUACUGGCUGGCUAUCAUCACCAUGCCCGUCAUGUACAAUUGGACCCUGAUCAUUGCCAGGGCGUGUUUUGAAGAGCUACAGACUGACUAUCUGAUGUACUGGUUUAUGCUGGACCUUUUCUCUGACCUCGUCUACAUCGCUGACAUGAUCUUCAGAACAAGAACCGGUUACCUGGAGCAGGGUCUACUGGUGAAGGAUGAGCAGAAGCUGCGUGAGCGUUACAUAAAAAGUUUCCAGUUCAAACUGGACCUGAUCUCCAUGAUUCCCACCGACUUGCUGUACCUCGUGUUCGGCUUCACUUAUCCUGAGAUACGCCUCAACAAGCUCUUCAGGUUCAACAGGAUGCUGGAGUUCUUCCAGAGGACAGAGACCAGGACUAACUAUCCCAACGCUCUCCGUAUCUCCAACCUUGUCAUGUACAUUGUCAUCAUCAUCCACUGGAAUGCCUGCCUCUACUACUCCUUCUCCAAGGCCAUCGGUUUUGGUUCUGACAGGUUCGUCUACCCCGACCCAGCAGAUCCAGAGUUUGGUCGUCUGGUGAGGAAGUACGCCUACAGUAUGUACUGGUCCACACUGACGCUCACCACCAUUGGAGAAACCCCGCCCCCUGUGGAGAACUCUGAGUACUUCUUCGUCGUCACUGACUUCCUGGUCGGUGUGUUGAUUUUUGCCACCAUCGUUGGUAACGUUGGUUCGAUGAUCACCAACAUGAACGCUGCCAGAGCCAGCUUCCAGGCUCGUAUCGAUGCCAUCAAACAGUACAUGAGCUUCCGAAAGGUAACCAAGGACCUGGAGAAGCGAGUCAUCAAGUGGUUUGACUUCCUGUGGACCAAUAAGAAAGCCGUGGAUGAGAGGGAGGUGUUGAAGUACCUGCCUGACAAGCUGAGAGCCGAGAUCGCCAUCAAUGUCCACCUGGACACCCUGAAGAAGGUUCGUAUCUUUGCGGACUGCGAGGCCGGUCUGUUGGUGGAGCUCGUGCUGAAGCUGCAGCCUCAGGUCUACAGUCCAGGAGACUACAUCUGCAAGAAGGGCGACAUUGGCCGAGAGAUGUACAUCAUCAAGGAGGGAAAGCUCGCUGUUGUUGCCGAUGACGGAAUCAAGCAGUUUGUCGUCCUGAGCGACGGAAGCUACUUUGGCGAGAUCAGCAUCCUGGCUAUCAAAGGCAGUAAGGCAGGAAACAGGAGAACAGCCAACAUCAGGAGCAUCGGUUACUCCGACCUCUUCUGUCUUUCCAAAGACGACCUGAUGGAGGCGCUAACGGAGUAUCCUGAUGCCAAAGCUCUGUUGGAGGAGAAAGGAAGGCAGAUUCUGAUGAAGGACGGACUGCUGGACUUGGAGGUGGCGGCGCAGGGCCCCGACCCCAAAGAGAUCGAGGAGAAGGUGGAACGGAUGACGAGCACGCUGGACGUCCUGCAAACGCGUUACGCCCGGCUGCUGGCCGAGCACGAGGCCACUCACAGCAAACUCAAACACCGAGUCGCCCGGCUGGAGAAGAAGCUUGUGCCGCCCCCUCCGACGCCCGAGACCCAGAUGGGUGAAUAAGGAGAAGAGAAGAAGUAGGGAGACAUGAAGAGGACUGGGGUCGUUGGAUUUUAGAGGUGGACGGAGAGCAGCAGUUCUGGCGUUGAAUCAGAUGUUACAGAUAAUCUGGUUUACAAAAUGUAAAUAUUGACACGU